GUUAUGUUUAGAGGUUAUGUUUUGAAUGUGUAUGUGUUUUGGCUCAUUUGUGAUUCACGAAAAAUAAACAGAAACAUGCAUUUAAGUACUUUAAAGCUAGUGAUUUAACUUUUACACGUUCUCCUUUUUAUCGACGGAAAUUUGCGCUAGUUUUUACUUGGAUAAUAAAUUGUGCAACAUCGGGCAAGGAGAGAUUUUGCAAUCAUGAAUAUGCGAGAUAAAGAAAAAUAUAUUGAAAAUUUUCAUUUUCCGUUCUGUGAUGAAUCUGAAAAAUAUGAGAAAAUUGCGAAAAUUGGACAAGGAACGUUCGGUGAAGUUUUCAAGGCGAGGGAUAAAAGUAAUCCUAAGAAGUUCGUAGCAAUGAAAAAAGUGUUAAUGGAUAACGAAAAAGAAGGCUUUCCAAUCACAGCUUUACGAGAGAUACGAAUCUUGCAAUUACUGAAACACGAAAAUGUUGUUAAUCUUAUAGAAAUAUGCCAAACUAAAGCGUCGUACCGCAACAGAUACAAAUCAACGUUUUAUUUAGUUUUUGAUUUUUGUGAACACGACUUGGCUGGGUUGUUAUCAAAUGUUCACGUUAAAUUUAGUUUAGGAGAAAUAAAAAAAGUGGUACAACAAUUAUUCAAUGGUUUAUAUUACAUACAUAGCAAUAAAAUUCUACACAGAGAUAUGAAAGCAGCCAAUGUAUUGAUCACAAAAAAUGGUGUUUUAAAACUAGCCGACUUUGGCUUAGCUCGUGCAUUUAGUACCACUAAAAAUGGACUACCAAAUAGAUUUACAAAUCGUGUUGUUACGCUGUGGUACAGACCUCCAGAACUCUUAUUAGGUGAAAGAAAUUAUGGCCCCCCAGUAGAUCUUUGGGGGGCUGGGUGUAUUAUGGCCGAAAUGUGGACUAGGUCUCCUAUCAUGCAGGGCAACAGUGAGCAACAACAAUUGACACUAAUUUCCCAACUUUGUGGCACUAUUUGUCCCCAAGUCUGGCCAGGCGUUGAAAAUCUGGAGCUGUAUAAGAAAAUGGAACUUCCCGUUCAAAAACGAAAAGUGAAAGAAAGAUUGAAACACUACAUGAAAGACCCCUACGCUUGCGAUUUACUCGACAAAUUAUUAGUCCUCGACCCCGCCAAACGGGCUGACGCCGAUACAGCCCUCAACCAUGACUUUUUCUGGACCGACCCAAUGCCAUGCGACUUGAGCAAAAUGUUAGCCACUCAUACUCAGAGCAUGUUUGAAUAUUUAGCUCCGCCAAGAAGACCAACACAAAUGAGACAUCAUUCGUUACCAAGACCGACGACAUCUGCUGUGCAAGAUAGCGGAUACCAAGAUAGAGUUUUUUAGUUGUAAAAAUUAUUGACAUUGUGACUAUUUCCAAUGUGCCGGAACUUCCUGUUUAAGAAGUUACGUAUGGAUUAACUUAAUGCAAGACGGGAGGUUUGCAAGUAUGAAAAUUGUUUCCGAAAUGCAAACAUAAUUAAAGGUUAUUCAGUAACCCUAAAAUUUGAGAAAAAAGAUGUUGUAUUUUUUAUUUUGUUCAUAAGUUUGCAACGUCUAAUAUUAUGAAGUGGUUAUUACAUUGUUAAUUUAUCUGUAUGAAAAAUAGCGAAUAAAAUGGAUAAAAAGUG